AUGCGUCGUCCAAGCCUCGCCGCCGCUACCGCCUCCGCCGCCGCCGUCGUCACCGCCGCUGCCUCUUCCGCCACCGCCGCCGUCCCUACCACCACCGGCACCGCCGCCGCCGCCGCCACCGUCGUCACCGUCAUCGCCAUCGCCGCUGCCUCCGCCGCUUGGGCCGCCGCCGCCGCCACCGCCGUCACCACCGCCGCCACCGCCGCCGUCCCCACCACCACCGUCACCACCGCCGCCACCGCCGCCGUCCCUACCACCACCGUCACCGCCGCCGCCGCCGCCACCGUCGCCACCGUCAUCGCCAUCGCCGCUGCCUCCGCCGCUUGGGCCGCCGCCGCCGCCACCGCCGCCACCGCCGUCACCACCGCCGCCACCGCCGCCGUCACCGCCGCUUGCGCCGCCGCUUACGCCGCCGCCGCCGCAGUCUCCGACGCUGCAGGAUGCACUGGCGCUGCGCGCCGCCACUUUGAGAGGCUUGGCUACGCCGAGGGACUCACAUGCGCGUGCGCCUCGCCGCCUCCCGCGACGCCGCCACCGCUCACGCCGCCGCCACCGCCGCCACCUACGCCGCCGCCGCCGCCACCGCCGCCACCUACGCCGCCGCCGCCACCUACGCCGCCGCCACCGUCACCGCCGCCACCUACGCCGCCGCCGCCGCCACCGCCGUCUAUGCCGCUGCCGCCGCUCACGCCGCCGCCGCCGCCGCCACCUACGCCGCCGCCGCCACCUACGCCGCCGCCACCGUCACCGCCGCCGCCGCCGCCGCCGCCGCCACUGCCACCGAUCGCGCCACCGCCGCAGGCGCCGUCGCUCUUCGCCGGCUUCGGGCAGGCUGGAAGGCAGGCGGACGCCUGGCUGGGGAAGCAGUCGCACCCUGAGCUGUUCCGCUUGUGCGCAGACGUGGUGGGCCGCUUCUUCUCCCCCGCCAAUUCCUCCACUCCGGAGUACGAGCGGGCGGGAAACCGGCUGCUCGGCAUAUCUCUCGGCUUCGGCCUCGUCUGCUGGUCGCUCUGCUUGUGGCAUGGCUUGUGGUGGCUCUGGCGCUGCUGCUGCAGGCAUCGCCGCUACAAGGAUUUUGUCGACGAGGGUGAGCUCGAGGAGAUCUAA